ACCCAGAAAUUCCCAAAGUACCUCUCCCGGGGUGACAAGUCCAAGUAAGGCCUAGAAAUAAGGGUAAAGCAAGUAAGCUGCUAGCUGAAAACGAAAAGCAAAAUUGACUAUGAGAUCACUUCAGAUUAAAAUUCAAAAGAUAAACGUACCUAAAAGAGAAAUGACCAAUACCUUUUAUGGAAACAUUUCGCAAUCUACUUUGUUGACAAUUAAGUGGCCACUUGUGUCACGCAUUAUCACUCAGCUCUCCGAAGACAACCCAAGAUGUCGGAGCCUCCGUACGCUUCGAUUUCAGACAAGAAACAAGCUCCCAGUUCCCUUAGAUUGUGGAAGAUAUUGACUGGGGUGUCAACUCUAGUAGCCGUCGCUAUCACCGCCGUUUUUAUCUGGUACGUUCUCACACAUAAAUCAGAUUCAAGAAGCACCGAAUAUCAAGUGGACAAAAAUAUCCAGAAUGCCUUGGCAUGCCCCCAGCUACCUACACUGCUUCCCUUGCCCAAACCGACGCCUGAAAGAAUCACCGAGGUCUUCCAGAAAUUAGAAUCAGCCCUGAGUGCUUUAAUAGACAAGGAAUCGUCGCUGCCUGCCAUUUCUAUGAAUGUCUUUUACCAAGAUGAAAUUCUGUGGAGCGGCCAUUUUGGAAGCAAGGUGUAUAAACAACCUGAGAGGAAACCCGACAACAGCACCGUGUACCGAAUUGGAAGCAUCACAAAGAUCUUUGCCGUCCUAAUGAUGUUCAAUUUUUACGAAGAAGGCAAAAUCUCCUCGAUUGAUGAUCCUCUAAGCAAGUAUGCUCCUAAUUUUGCUAUUAAAAACCCUUAUACUAACGACAACAUCACACUGCGAGAGAUCGCGAGUCAAAUGUCAGGGCUACCUCGCGAGGCACCAUGUUUAUACAGCUGCCGUAACACAACCUCCGCCGAGCAACUCGCAUUGUUGAAGGACCGCACGCUUAUACUCCCGCCAUGGGUCCAGCCAUCUUACAGUAACCUUGGUUAUGGAUUAUUGGGCCGACUCCUGACCGAGAACUUACUCCAGAACGAAACUUUCGAGAGCUGGACACAGGAAAACAUUCUUAAACCCCUCAGGAUGGUAAACACGGGUUUUAAAAUCACAGACGAGGUCAAGAAGAACAUAGCCUAUCCGUAUCUACCCAAAGGAAAGAAAAUGGCGUUUUUAGAUAUUGGAUGGAUGGCGCCCGCUGGUCAGAUGUACUCAACCAUUGAUGAUCUAGCUAAGCUUGGAAUGAUGUUUGCCCAACCCGAGAAACAAAAACUCUUCAAGCCCGCAACUCUUCGUGAAAUGAUGACGCCAAAAAACAUAGCCCCAGAUGGUGUUACUGUUUGGGGCUCACCGUUUGAAAUGACCUUCAAAGAACACGUUGUUGUCCGCGCCAAAGGUGGAAACAUAGACACAUACGACGCCAAGUUUUCAGUUAUCCCCGAGCUUGCUCUUGGAGCAAAUAUUCUCACGAGUACAGUUUUCUACCCACAUCCAGAUGCGUCUGAAGGCUUGGCAUUGCUGAACAAUCUGCUGAUUCCGACAUUGAACGAAACGCUGUUUGAACUUCAGCGUGAAGCCCACUUCCCGAUCGAUCCAGCGCCUUUUACUGGUAAAUUUCAGGUCACGCAAACUAAUCCCAUAUUCGGAACUAUAAGCAUUUACAAUGUUACUAUCAGCGAGUAUCAAAAUAUUCUGCGAUUUGUGUAUGCGUCAACAACGAUUGAGAUCCGGUAUAUCGAAGAGAAAUUGGUUUUCCAGGCAAGAAGCCAUACCGCUGGGAUGACAUGCUUCAUGGAACGUGUAGGGACAUUAGCAGAUAUGUAUUAUGACCCCCCUGGGAAGGAUAAAUUGUCCCGCGGUUUUCAUGUUCCACAGUGGGCGAUAGUUGCGAAACGGGUGAAAGCUUCGAACGACAGUUUCGCCGGUGAGAGCGAAGGUAACGUACCGGAAUUUCUGUUUAAUCCGUUUAAAAGUGCUGUGUAGUGAGAAACCUUAGACGUAAACUUUAAAUCAAUUAAUUUGGUGGUAACUUUACAACGUCAGUGGCUGGAAUCAUACAAUAUUGACGAAUAUUUAGAAAUACCCAGCUCAGUUUAGUUGUACGAUGUGGUCUUAGCUGUUUGUGAAUGAAACGCUAGGGUGUAAAAUUCAGCAGUACUUUCAUAUUAUGGUACUUAAUAGGCAGUUGUAACAGGUUUCGAAAUAUUCCUGGAAAACAUAUGGAAAUUGCAAUUUUCUUUCAGGAGCCUGGAAAACUCCUUGAAAAUUUUCAUCUCUCUACCUACACCUGGGAAACGCCUAAAAAUUUCUAGUGUUAUAAAAAAAAGCAAAUGAAUUCUUACACUAUUUUUUUUCCACAACCACUUAAUAACAAGCUAGUUGCCUUUGGAAGCAUUAUUAAAAAAAAAAAAUCACACCGUGGUUUAGGAUUUCAGUGUGCGAGAAAUUUUAUCUUUCUACCCCGAAAAAUUCCUAAAUUUGCAAAUUUCCAUCUUCCCUGGCAAGAACGGUCUGCAGACAAUCCCUAAAGUGAGAUCAGUUAAACGAAAGAUAUUUCGUGUACUGCACUAGGUGGUUGUAACGUUUUAGUCUGUGGAUGAAGUCCUAAUGCGUGACCAUUCAAAUGAAAGUUAUUGAGCAGUACUUUCAUGAGAGACCCUCUAUCAUACUGCACAAGGUGCGAGUUCUAAUUUUAACUUAUAUAAGUCUGUUGAUGAAACCCUAUUGUGUGACUAUUUAAACGAAAGCUAAUAAGCAUUCCUUUCAUGUAGUGCAGUUUAUUAUGCUGCACAGUGAAUUUCUAACUUUAAAAAUAGAGGAACAAACCCUGGUGUAUGUCCAGUCAAAUGAAAUCAUUACUGGGAAGGAAGUUAAAGUAGCACUGUUUCAAUACACUGUAUAAGGUCGCGUGUUUGGAUGAUGCUGAAUGAUACCCUAUAGUUCGUAACUCUACCUCAUUAGACUACAGCUUGAAUAUUUCUUGGGAUAAUCAUUGCUUCAGACUCUUAGUCAAUAAUCAUAAGGUAAAUUUGCGAACAUUGUGUCUCACCAGGAGCAGAUAUAAAAUUGAUGCUCUUGGAAAACUAUGUCAGUCGAGAGGUUUAUAGUAUUAAACGACAAAUUAGUCAAGCUAGCAUAAUACUGUACAAAGAUUCUUAUGAAUGAUUUUAAAUAAAUGUAAUGAGUGCGAGUAAAAUAAUCUUCUCAGCAAUA